GGCGUAAUUCUAAUUUCAGGUUACAGAGAUGCUCAAACAAGUGUUUUUUACUUCGAGACCUGUUUUGCUGCAGUUUGCGUCUCGUAAAAUUUUUCAAGCCAGCUCUUCUGUGGCAAUUCGACCUGUAAGCAUAAAAAGCUAUGCGAAGCCCAAAACGCAGUUUAGGUGUUACUCAGAUAAGGCUCCGCUUACGAAGAAAACUCUUGAGGAGCGCAUCAUUCUCGUACUAAGUUUGUACGACAAAAUAGACCCCAAGAAGCUUACAAUGGAUUCUAAUUUUUCCAAGGAUCUAGGAUUAGACUCGUUAGACCAUGUUGAAGUAAUCAUGGCUAUGGAGGAGGAGUUCGGGUUUGAAAUCCCCGAUGGAGACGCAGACCGAUUGAAAACCCCACGAGACAUAUUCCAGUACGUUGCUGAUCGAGAAGAUGUUUUUGACUGACACCAUUGCUUUUGCCCGAAUUUUGCAAUGUGUGAAGUGUUAGGGAUCGUGUUCGUGUAUGUUUUCAGUCUUAAAUGUAUAGGAUAGUUUACGCUUCAUUUUCAGUACUCAAAAUAAAUAAUUAUGGAC